AUUCUUACCUCUGAAGACAAUGUUAGGACCAAGAUAUGACAGUCAAGUUGCUGAAGAAAACCGAUUCCACCCCAGUAUGCUCUCCAAUUAUCUAAAGAGUCUGAAGGUUAAAAUGGGCUUGUUGGUAGACCUGACAAAUACUUCCAGAUUCUAUGAUAGGAAUGACAUCGAAAAAGAAGGAAUCAAAUACAUAAAACUUCAGUGUAAAGGACAUGGUGAGUGCCCUACAACUGAGAAUACUGACACAUUUAUUCGUCUGUGUGAGCGGUUUAAUGAAAGAAACCCACCUGAACUUAUAGGUGUUCAUUGUACUCAUGGUUUCAAUCGCACCGGUUUCCUCAUAUGUGCCUUUUUGGUGGAGAAAAUGGAUUGGAGUAUUGAAGCAGCAGUUGCAACUUUUGCCCAAGCCAGACCUCCAGGAAUCUAUAAGGGUGAUUAUUUGAAGGAACUUUUUCGUCGCUAUGGGGAUAUAGAGGAAGCACCACCCCCACCUCUACUGCCAGACUGGUGUUUUGAGGAUGAGGAAGACGAAGACGAGGAUGAAGAUGGUAAAAAGGAAUCAGAACCCGGGUCAAGUGCUUCCUUUGGCAAGAGGAGAAAGGAGCGGUUAAAACUGGGUGCUAUUUUCUUGGAAGGUGUAACUGUUAAAGGUGUAACUCAAGUAACAACUCAACCAAAGUUAGGAGAAGUACAGCAGAAGUGUCAUCAAUUCUGUGGCUGGGAAGGGUCUGGAUUCCCUGGAGCACAGCCUGUUUCCAUGGACAAGCAAAAUAUUAAACUUUUGGAGCAGAAUCCAUAUAAAGUAAGCUGGAAAGCAGAUGGUACUCGUUACAUGAUGUUGAUUGAUGGCACAAAUGAAGUUUUUAUGAUUGAUAGAGACAAUUCAGUCUUUCAUGUUUCAAAUCUGGAAUUUCCAUUUCGCAAAGACCACCGUAUACAUUUAUCAAAUACUCUCUUGGAUGGGGAAAUGAUUAUUGACAGAGUAAAUGGACAGGCUGUUCCUAGAUAUUUGAUAUAUGACAUAAUUAAAUUCAAUGCACAGCCAGUUGGAGAUUGUGAUUUUAAUGUUCGUCUGCAGUGUAUAGAACGAGAAAUUAUAAAUCCUCGCCGUGAAAAAUUGAAGACUGGGCUUAUUGACAAGACACAGGAACCAUUUGGUGUCAGACAUAAGCCAUUUUUUGAUAUCAGCACUGCUAGAAAGCUACUUGAAGGAAAUUUUGCCAAAGAAGUCAGCCAUGAAAUGGAUGGACUUAUUUUUCAACCUCCUGGAAAAUAUAAACCUGGUCGAUGUGAUGAUAUUUUGAAAUGGAAGCCUCCUAGUCUGAAUUCUGUGGAUUUUCGUCUAAAAAUAACAAGAAUGGGAGGAGAAGGGCUACUUCCCCAGAAUGUUGGCCUUCUCUAUGUUGGAGGUUAUGAAAGACCCUUUGCACAAAUCAAGGUGACAAAAGAACUAAAACAGUAUGACAACAAAAUUAUAGAAUGCAAAUUUGAGAACAACAGCUGGGUCUUCAUGAGACAGAGAACAGACAAAAGUUUUCCUAAUGCUUACAACACUGCCAUGGCUGUGUGCAAUAGCAUCUCAAACCCUGUCACCAAGGAGAUGCUGUUUGAGUUCAUCGACAGAUGUGCGGCAGCUUCUCAGGGACAGAAGCGAAAGCAGCACCUGGACCCUGACACGGAGCUCAUGCCUCCACCACCUCCCAAAAGACCACGCCCUUCCACCUAAGUACUGCCUCUGCCUUCAGGGUUCAGGGGAAGCUGAAUGAGGAGAAACGCUGUUGCCCCAUUUUGGUAGCCAGAGAAAUUCAAAAACGAGUGUGGCUUGAUGUUGGUACACAUUUGGAUUUUUUUAAAAAAGGAAGGUAUUGUAGCCAGCCUGUAAAUAUCUGAUGCAUAGUUUCCUCAGUGCUGCAAUACAUCAUGGACUUAAACAUUUUAUUUAUAUCUGAUAAACUCAGCCUUACCUUGUGGAAUCUGAAGAUUGACAUAUCCAAAGGUUUAAACAAGAUUGAAAUCAAUGAAAAAGAGGCCUUGUUUAUAUAUGGGUAACUUUCUCAUUUAAUUUAUAAAGUUAGCGAUCUGGAACUGUGAGUGUGUAAAACACUGUAUUUUUUAGAAGUUGUGUUUCAGCUAUAGCAAAUUUUUCUUUUUAAAAAAUGUACGCAAUGGCAUUAAACAUUCUUGCUAUCAUUUAUCAUGGAUUUCCUACAUUUCUGAGAUCCCUGUAUUCAAAAACAAGUGACAAAGUUGCUAAGUAUUACUGGGUUAAACAACUUGGUCUGGUUUCUAUCGUUUUAGGAAGUUUUUUUGGAAAUGUAAAAGUAAAAAAGUAAAGCUCCAUUUUUGUGAAUUGCAUCGUUUCUAAGGGAAAUAUUUUGAGUAUUUUCAUCUGUUUCUGUUGUUUAGACUAUAAUAUCAGAUAUCCAGUGUGUCCCUUCUGACAGUGGUUUGCAGUUACUUUGUGGAACUCGGAUAUACACCACCACGUCCUUAAAAGUUGUUCUCCUGGGAGAGUUUUCUUUUUAAAAAAUGCCAGGGCUCCUCCUGCUUUACCUCAGUGGUAUCAGCACAUUGUAAAUGACGCUAAAACACACAACUCACUGUGAUCCAUGGGAGUGAUAUCGAAUACAAACCAUGUUGUGUUAGUUCCCUCAAACAAAACGGCGAAGAAAUGUCAGCUGACUCCUUUGAUUAGAAGGUCUUGUCAAGGAUUAGAAUGCUGUCACUAGAAAAUUCUCUCCCACUGCUAGAUAAAUGCAGAGGCAAAGCAUAGAUAUUUGUAGAAACUAAAUAUCAAGGGAAUCAAGACAUUUAUUUUCAAAGCCAGAAUUCUAUCUGUAAUCUGUUCUGGGGAUGUUAUUUCUGUUACACAUCUGAAUUUUAAAAUGUUUACUGAUAGAUAAUGGACUUAAAGGGCAGCUAAUAGGCCACCUGCCAUUGUUGAGAAACUGUGUUCUGAUUGGUUUGUGAAGGAACUCUGAGAAUUAGCUGAUUGGAGGCUAAUGUAUUUAUUUUUAGAGGUACAAGUUUUAAAUAUAUGUAUUUAAAACAAAUUUUCAUGAUCUGAAUUUUAUAUGUGUAUAUGCAUAUAUGUGUAAGUAUAUGCAACAGUGUAUAUUCUUCUACGGAUAUUCUUCAGACAUGAAAAUCCAAAUGAGUUACCUGGUAGACUCUCUGACAGGAUUUCUAGAUGACAUAGCACACAGAUUAACCAAAAAUGUGUUUAUAUUCACUUGAGUGUUAAUGUUUUUAAACAAAGUUUUCUCCUGCAGUGCUUUUCUAUAUGAGAUACUAAGAGUCAUGCUUGGGCUUUUUUCUUUGUUGUUCCCAAGUUAUGUAAUAUAUAGUGAAUUUAUUCAAAACGCCAUUUUAACGUGUGUUUUUUUUUUUUUUUUCCUUGAGUGCUUUUGUGCGUUUGGGCACAAAAGGGAUUAAAACACCUGACUGUCACAGUGAGUGCUGAAAGAGGGAAAUUUUCGAGGUCCCAUAGUGUCUCUCACAAAUGGAUCUAGAAAUGCCUGUGCAACUCCAGAGAGCCUGAGGCCUGCUUCCCAAGAUGAGCCACUGCCCACGGUGUGUCGCUUGCCUCCCAGUCUGCCUCCUGGCAGAUCCCUUCUGCAGAUAAAAAAGCAAGCUAUUGCCAGCGAUCUUUAAUGGAGUUAAAUGUUUAUGGUAAUUGUAACCUUUUAAAUGAGUUAUGUGAAAAGAGCAUCUCAUUUUUAAUACACCCAGAUAUUUCUCCUUGUCUUUGUGCAUUUUAGCAGGACUUAAUUUUCUCAGUUUCUCCCUUCCUUCCAGUUAUGGUGAAGUCUGAUAGUUGGCCUUGGAAGUACAGCCUGUGUAGCCCCUGCACACGCUGCCAUCCGCAGUGUCACGAAAUGUCAGUUAGAAGGUCGGGGGUAUCUAGAGGCAGAAUUGUGGACAUCGUGAAGGAAAUGCUUUCCUUCCUCAGCUCACUUCACAAGAACUAUUUUCUGAGACAGAAGUUUUGUAGGCAAGAAUAAGAAAAACUUUGCUUUCUUGGGUUGUCACAUGUAAAAGCUUUUGCUAGGAAAGGGUGUGGAUGACUCUACUGCCUGGAUAGUGACAUUUGCUUUCCGUGAAAUGCUCAGAAAAUGUCAGGACAUUCCUUCUCUAAUUGUGUGUCCGUGCAUAUUGUAAUAAAACUACUGAUUUAAAAUAA